AUGGCGCCUCCUGCAUCAUCGUCGCCAUCGCCGCCAACGCCCACCAUGGUUUGCGCGAGGCAGGGGCGCCUCCGGCAGCGCUACGAAGGAUGCUACCGCCUUGUCUCAGGAUGCGUUCCUUACAUGCUCGAGGAGGAUGUUGGGGAGAAAAGCUGCCAGCAGGACGUGCUAGGCAGGCUGCAAGUGCUCAUGAUCUCGACGCCCAAGCGAAGCGAUCUCAUCUUCCCAAAGGGUGGAUGGGAGGACGACGAGAGCAUCGACGAAGCUGCGUGCAGGGAGGCCUUCGAGGAAGCAGGCGUCAAGGGCAUUAUCAGCGCGACGCCGCUGGGAGAAUGGAUCUUCAAGAGCAAGAGCAAACAGAACAGCUGUGGUCUGCAAGGGGCUUGCAAGGGCUUCAUGUUCGGACUGCAAGUCACAGAGCUGCUGGAGAUCUGGCCUGAGCAGGUCACCCAUGGCAGGAGAUGGGUACCCGUUUUGGAGGCGUACAGUCUGUGUCGGUAUGACUGGAUGCGGGAAGUUCUGGACAAGCUCAAGGAGCAGCUGCAGUUCGACAGCAACGAAUUCAGGCCUCUGCCAUCGCCAGAGCUGGUGGACUCGUCGAGCCUGUACAUGGUGAUGCCGGCUGCCGCCGAAGGGGCGGUAGCGCUGUGCUGA